UUUAAACUUUGUAAAAUAAUGGGAUAUUGGGCCUGGUGAAUGAGUUAGGCUUGGUGAAUGAAAUCCAUUGCGACCCACUCUAUCAUGGAAAAAAUUCAUAACUACUCUUUCAUUUAACAGUAAUUCCAUUAAAAUGAGAUGGGCUUGGUCUCGCUGAAAAAUAUGAAGGAAUUGCAUAGUACAAAUCGCCGUCGAUUUGCAGCACAAAUCAAAUCGUACGGCUUUGAUUCAGGACAUCCAUGUAAAAAAUCGGGAAAAAAAGGGAGCCCCUUCAAGCUCACAUUUCAAACUUUCCGAAAUAGUUUGUCCAUGGCGGGAAGCGAUUCGCGGAAGCCGCUCCUCACCCUCAUUCGCGAAUUAUCAUCUGACGAAUCUCAAGGCGAGAGGCGAAUUGCGGACCAGAAGAAGCGAAUCGAGGAUCUGAGAUCCGAGCUGGAUGCAUCGAGCACGGCGCUGGAGGAAUCAAAGCGCGACAAGGAGACGACCGAGCAACUUCUCAGAGGCUAUGAAGUUGAACUAUCCAUGAACGAGGCUUCAAUCCAAGCGCUAGAGGCGAGGAUUACUCUGAUGAACAAUGAGAUAUCGACACUUGGGGCUGAAUUGGGAGCUCUCAAGAGUGAAGAGAGUUUCUCAAGAGAUGAAUUUACUGGGAAAAUGCUUGAGCUAAAUGCAGAGAUAAGGAAAUUUCAAGAGCUGCUAUCUUCCGCUUGCAUUGCCGUGCAUCAAUCUGAUGCAACUCUAACUUGUGGCUCCUUGACUGCAUAUCAAGAUGCUGAACAAGCGAGAGUGGUUCAGAAUAAGCUUGCUGAAAUAGUCUUGCAGGGUGGAGAACACUAUAAAGCUGAGCAAGUGUUCCAUGAUCAGGUCCAACAGGAGCUUAUUAAUUUGGAAAAGAAAGCAUUGCUGUUGGAGUCCGUGAUGAAAGAAAACAGGGAACUGCAGGAGAUGAACAGAUAUCCUUGA